GACCUUUCUCUCCCUUUGCAGCUCAUCCCUGAGAUCUCCUCCCUCUCCUGGUUCACCACCGUGGUUCCUCUGGUCUUGGUCCUGACCGUGUCCGCAGUCAAGGAUGCCAUGGAUGAUGUUAAUCGCCAUGCAAACGACAAGCAGGUCAACAACCGGCCAGUUAAGGUGCUGAUUGAUGGCAGUUUGAAGGAAGACUUGUGGCUCAACGUUGAAGUGGGAGACAUCAUCAAGCUGGAGAACAAUAAUUUUGUGACAGCGGACAUCCUCUUGCUCUGCAGCAGUGAGCCCCACAGCCUGACCUAUAUUGAGACAACGGAACUGGACGGGGAAACCAACCUGAAGGUGAAGCAGGCGCUGACAGUCACUGCAGGGCUGGGGGGGGACCUGCAGGCCCUGAGCAACUUCAAUGGGGAAAUCCGCUGCGAAGCCCCCAACAACCGGCUGGGCAGGUUCACUGGGACCCUUUCCUUCAAGAAGGAGAAAUACGCCCUGGACAACGAGCAGCUGCUGCUGAGGGGCUGCAUCAUCCGCAACACCGAGUGGUGCUUCGGACUGGUCAUCUUUGCCGGGCCAGACACCAAGCUGAUGCAAAACAGCGGGAAAACCAUUUUGAAACGGACCAGCAUCGAGCGCCUCAUGAACUACUUGGUCUUGGUGAUCUUCCUCUUUUUGGCUAUCAUGUGUUUGAUCCUGGCCAUCGGCAACUGCAUCUGGGAAUACAACCAGGGCUACCGGUUCCAGGUGUACCUGCCCUGGGCAGCAGAUGUCAACUCGGCAUUUUUCUCUGCAUUUCUUGUGUUCUGGUCUUAUGUCAUCAUCCUCAACACCGUGGUGCCCAUUUCUCUCUAUGUCAGCGUUGAGAUCAUUCGCCUGGGCAACAGCUGCUACAUCGACUGGGACCACAAGAUGUACUACCCGCCCCACGAUAUGCCCGCCCAGGCCCGCACCACCACCCUCAAUGAGGAGCUGGGGCAGAUCAAAUACGUCUUCUCUGACAAAACGGGGACCCUCACUAAGAACAUUAUGAUCUUCAACAAGUGCUGCAUCGCUGGGAAGCUCUACGGAGAUAUUCUGGAUUCAGAGGGAUUCCUGGUGGAGGACAUUGAGGCAAUGGACAGAGUUGACUUUUCAUGGAACCCUUUGGCCGACCCAAAGUUUGCCUUUUAUGACUGCAGACUGCUUGAAGCGGUGAAGGCCAGGGAUGAGUCCACACACAGGUUCUUCCGCCUCCUUUCCCUCUGCCACACAGUGAUGCCAGAAGAAACAAAGGAGGGCACGUUGGUGUACCAAGCCCAGUCCCCAGACGAGGGGGCCUUGGUGACCGCAGCCCGGAACUUCGGCUUUGUGUUUCGUGCCCGCACCCCCACGACCAUCACUGUGGUGGAAAUGGGGACAACGGUGGUUUACGAUCUGCUGGCCAUUCUGGACUUCAACAAUGUGCGCAAAAGGAUGUCCGUCAUUGUGCGAAACCCGAGUGGUCAGCUGACUCUGUACUGCAAAGGGGCCGACACCAUCCUGUACAAGCUCCUCCAUCCCUCCUGCAAACAGCUCGAGGAAGAGACUACCGAGCACUUGGAUGAGUUUGCCGGGGAAGGUUUGCGGACCUUGGUGGUAGCUUACCGAGACCUGGAGGAGUCCUACUUUGAGAGCUGGCGGAAGCGCCACCACAAGGCGAACACCAGCCUGCAGGACCGAGAGGGGAAGCUGUCCAAGGUGUUUGAGGAGAUCGAGAGAGACCUGCAGCUCCUGGGUGCCACCGCUGUGGAGGACAAGCUGCAGGAUGGGGUGCCCCAGACCAUUGAGAUCCUGGGAAGGGCAAGCAUUAAAAUCUGGGUGCUUACUGGUGACAAGCAAGAGACCGCAGUGAACAUCGGCUAUUCCUGCAACAUGCUGUACGAUGCCAUGAAGGACAUCUUCACCAUUGACGGUGACAGCUGGGAGGAAGUGGAACAGCAGCUCAGGAUAGCAAAGGAUAGGAUGCAAGCAGACCUCGAUGCGAAGCCAGAAGAUUUGAACAUCAGGAGGUCAACCUCCUCCGGCUUCUGGAACAAAGAGGCCGCCAGCGGAGACUACGGCCUGAUCAUUAAUGGGCACAGCUUGGCCUAUGCGCUGGAGGGGGAGCUGGCGGAACUGCUGGUGGACACAGCCUGCCUGUGCAAAACGGUGAUCUGCUGCCGGGUGACUCCGCUGCAGAAGGCCCAAGUGGUGGAGCUGGUGAAGAAGUACAGGAACGCCGUCACCCUGGCCAUCGGAGAUGGCGCCAACGAUGUCGGCAUGAUCAAAACUGCCCACAUUGGCGUCGGCAUCAGUGGCCAGGAGGGGAUGCAGGCGGUGAUGUCCAGCGACUUCUCCUUCGCCCAGUUCCGCUACCUACAGCGGCUACUGCUGGUCCACGGCCGGUGGUCAUACAUCCGCAUGUGCAAGUUCUUGUCUUACUUCUUCUACAAAAACUUUGCGUUCACGCUGGUGCACUUCUGGUUCGGCUUCUUCUCCGGCUUCUCCGCCCAGACCGUGUAUGACGAAUGGUUCAUCACCCUUUACAACAUGGUAUACACCUGUUUGCCAGUGCUUGGAAUGAGCCUCUUUGACCAGGACGUGGAUGACCGCUGGAGCCUGCAGUUUCCCCAGCUGUACGUCCCUGGCCAGCAGAACCUGUACUUCAACAAGAAGGAGUUUGCCAAGUGCAUCCUCUACAGCAUCUACAGCUCCCUGGUGCUUUUCCUGGUCCCCUAUGGAACCACUUUUGAUUCUGUGCGGAACGACGGGAGGAACGUUGCUGAUUAUCAGUCCUUCGCCCUCAUGGUGCAGACCUGUCUGCUCAUCGUGGUGUCGGUCCAGAUGGGCUUAGACACGGCCUACUGGACGGCCGUGAACCAACUCUUCCUCUGGGGCAGCCUGGCCAUCUACUUUGUCAUCACCUUCACCUUGUACAGCGAUGGCACCUACCAGAUAUUCACCUCCUCCUUCCCCUUUGUCGGCACCGCCCGGAACAUCCUCAACCAGCCCAAGGUCUGGCUCUCCAUCUGCCUCUGCGUGAGUCUCUGCGUCCUGCCGGUCAUCGCCUUCCGGUUCUUCAAGAUGCAAUUCAUGCCCAGCCUCAGCGAUCAGGUGGUGCGCAGAGUGAAGCAGCUGCGCAAAUCGCCCGGCCCGCCCGCCCUGAAGCGCUACCUGCAGCGCAGCGCCUCCCGCCGCUCCGGCUACGCCUUCUCGCACCAGCAGGGCUUCGGGGACCUCAUCACCUCCGGCCGGAACAUGCGCCUCAAGUCGACCCCCGCCAGCCCGGCGCCUUACGCCCAGAAGUACCGGCCGCGCUUGGAGAGGAAAGACGGGGGCGCUUCCUAGCCCCGCCCCACCCCCAGGCGGAGGGACCCUCGCUCCCGCCUGCGGAGACG